UUCAACAAAGAAAAUCUGAUUGGGAAUGUUCAAUAUGGAGAAGCCUUUCGUGGUAAGAUUGGUGAAAAAAAUGCAAUGGUGAAGAUCUGGAAACCUCGCCGUCCAUUUUGUACAGUUCAUCAUGGUGAUAAUGAAAGCAGGUUCCGGGAUGAAAUGGCAUUGCUUCAGCACCCGAAUUUGAUGUCACAUCCGAACAUGGUUAAGCUGAUGGGAUAUAUUGCUAUGAGGAAGAGAAAAUUGGGGUUGUCUAUGAUCUUGAACCACAUGACACAAUACAUUAUCUUAUGCUUAAAGAUGACUUCACUAGUGGGGCUUUAGUUUCAGACUGUUUAAUUAUCUAAUUUACUGCUUCUUUAAACUAGGUACUCUUCCCAACAAAUUACCAGCAGGUUAUUAAUCUGUCUUGUUC